GUUGUAGACACGUCAUGCUGCUACGCAGGGCAGCUCCUGCUGCUCGGCUCCUGCUCAGCAGUUCUGCAGUUUGAACUCCAGGUGCAAGAAGAGCAUAACAAGGGGGCCAUUGCUUGGCCAGGAAACAGAUGGAGUAACAAAGCCAGCUUAGCAAAUCCGUGCAGCAUGGUGGCCUUUGAGCUGUACACGGGGGGCAAAUGCCUCCCCGGGCAACAGGUCCUGCCUGGUGUGGACCCCAGCAUCCUUACUGCCGGAGCUUUCAAAGCGUUGCUGGGACAGAAGCUGUGCAUCUCUUUCAGAACCAUGAGGCUCUUGCUGGGGGGCUGGCGGCCACUUUUAGACGAUGAGCGUGUCCAGGAUCUCUAUUUGCAGUACUAUGAGCAGUCCAGAUGGGGAGGCGAGGAUAGUGCAGAAAAUUCAGCAGCACAGUAUACUUCCAACCUUUUGCGCUCCGCGGAGGUCAUCUUUGAUGUGGACACCGGGCGCCUGUUCUAUGAGCAGGACAAAGGUACGGCAGAGAUGGAGCUGAAAGAUGAGGAGGGGCUUGCCGGGUUUUGUGCGCUGAAUGAGCUGGAGCUACAUAUAAAGGUGACCGUUGCGCCCCUCCCCUCGCGGUACCUGCCAUGGGCAGGGACAGGAGGGACGGUGGUGGUCCUUGUCAUGGGCGCCAACGAUGCCAUCACCCACCACGUCAGCCUAAGCACGAUCAACAAAAGCACGACGGUCGAGGCCCUGAAGUCAAUGAUUUUCCAAAGGACGGGGAUACCCUUGGACGAGCAAUUACUGCAUUUUGCAGACGGCAGCAGAUUAGUGGAUAAUGACCCCCGGAGCAAGUACUGCUGGCAGGCGGGGAUCCAGUCGCGGUCCUUUCUCAUAGUCAGAAGGUUCGUGGGGAAGGGGAAGGAAGAGACGAUGCUUCUUUUCUGCAAGACGCUGACGGGGAAGACAAUAUACUUGAGGCACUGCCGGAGUAGCAUGACCAUUGACGAGCUCAAGGCAGCUGUACAGGAUAUGGAGGGCAUUCCUCCGGAUCAACAGCGGCUCAUCUUUGCGGGAAAGCAGCUGGAGGAUGGGCGCACCCUGGCGGACUACAACAUUCAAGACGAGAGCACCCUGCAUCUGGUCUUGCGCUUGCGAGGAGGCAUGUACCACGUGUCAAGUGGCAGGAUUGAUCUCGAGCAGCUCCGGGCGCUAACGAGCCAGCUCGAGGUCAAGAUGGUUCAGCGAGGGGUCUGCAUCGGCAAGCGGUCUGUUCAAAUAGAUGGAACCACGGAUGCGGGCCGACUGAGCGAGGCCCUAUCCGGGCUUCACACCGAAGAGGAGAACAUACGGGAAUUGGAGGCAAAGAAACGGGAGCUGGAGCAAGCAAUCGCAGCGCUGAAGCAGAAAGCGCACUUGGAUGUUGUGACUAGGAUCUGAGUUGUUCCAAAUUAGUCUACGUUUUCUUCUACAGCGCACGUCAGGCAUGAUUUGGUUGUAUAUUUGAAAAGGUCGUCAAGGAGGUAUGAUCACGGUAUGAUUAAAGAAUGUGUCCAAAUUGCUAGCUGCAGCCUGGCCAUUAGAGCAUCUGAUACAUUUUAAUUGGGUCAUUUGUUUCAACUGAAUAGAUCAUCAUUGUCUUGUUUGACUAACAUGGGCCCACUACUGGCAUAACGUACCGAAAAUGGAAUAGGAUUGUCGUAGCUGUGCCCUCCAGCCAUGGCCUUGGAUGCAUCAAACUGCUUUCAAGCGGCGAGAUUGGCCGGGUUGUGAUUCGCCCAUAAAACAGGAAAG